AUGUCAAGAACAGGGCACACAAAAGCCCACCCAGGAGCAGACCUCAAGCAGAGCUCCUUCCCUGCGGGCAGCCAGCCCUUCCGUGAGCUCAGGGCCGGGUGGAACCAGGCUGCACCCCUCGCUCAUGCAAGAGAAUCGCCUCCAGCUGCUCCCCACAGCACAGCAAGGCGGAAGGAAGAUUCAAGCCUGGCAAGGAGAAAAGACAACUCCGCCGCUCUGCAGCUUCACGGCUUCUCCUCGCUGCCUUCUGCUGCUCCCGGCAGCGCCUCGCCGCCAUUCUUUGCUCCUUGGAGCCCCUUCCCGCCGCUGCCGCUGCUUUCCGGGAGUCCGCUGCGCUCCCAGCUCGGCGCCGGCCCCUGCCGGCCUCUGAUUGGUCAGCGGCAUUUCCAUCCCGCCCCCGGUGGCAUCUCCCCGGAUGCGGGCAGCACCGAGACGGAAGCGCGGCAGGACGGGAGCGGUGCUGAGGACAGCGGCGCCGGAGGCCCCGAUGAUGACCCAGGCAUGAAAGAGCCCAGAGCUCGUCGCUGGGGAGAGGCUGCGUAUGGCGUUGUGAAGGGAGAGGUGGAGGAGGGCUUUGAGCAGCGCUGUGCAGGAAUGAAUGGCUGGCAGGAGCCGGGCAGCGGUACUGCAGCUCGUCUGGCAGCUUUGCAGCUCAGUUGGGAAGUAGAAGAUGUGGCUGUGAAAGAAGAAGUCAGUUGCUGGGACGUCCCCCUGUUCUUCCCCUAGCUGUCCCCUUGCCUCAGCCAGGAUUCCCCUUGCAUUCCUGUAGGAUUCCCUUCCAUCCUCCUGGUUGUCCCUUGCUUUCCCCAAGGUUGCUCUUUCCUUUCCCAUGACAGCCCACCCAUCAUUCUCUCAAAGCCCCAAUAUCCACCCCAGUGUUUCCCCAGCAAGACCCCUAGAGACGCCCUGUAGCCCCCCACAGAGCACCAUACACCCUCUAGGACCUCCUCAGACCCGGUACACCUCCCCUGUAGCUGGCCCAUACGCACACGGAGCCCCACAGUCCCCAGCAUCACCCCAUGUAACCCACUGGCCUCCUGCAGGACCCCCGUGUUUCCUCUAUUUCCUCCUUCUGACCUCCUUUCCCACCUCCAAGACCCCAACCCCGGGAUCUCACCGAUUCCCACAGUCCCUGACAGGACCCCUGUCACCAUCCCAGGAACCCCAUAGCCCACCUGAGGGCCCUCCUCAACCCCAUCCCCAUCAAGCUCUUGUACAGCCAUAGGGUGCUGGGGCAGGGGUGGCUGCUGCAGGAGAGGAAUGCGGGGCUGGAGCAGGUGCAGGGCACAGCUGUGGGUGAAAGGGAUGUGAGGGGCACUGUGGGUCCAGGAACGUAGGGGUUGUGGGGGCACGUGGGGAGCGGUUUGGGGUGAGAAUGGAGGAUGUGCGGUGGUGUUGGAGUGCACUGGUUGAUUUCUUCCUCAGAGGGGAUUGGGGUUCCCUUUGGCCCAAAGGUGGAGCCCUGAUCCAUAACCCCACGUGAGCCCAGAACCCCAUAUAACUCUGCAUGAGCCCAAGGCUCCACAUGACCCCUAACCGUGUGAGCACCGUAAGCCCAUAUGAGGCUGAGGGCAGUGGUGGGUCUGUUACUGGCUAGGUCAGGAAGUACUCUAGGGUGGCUCUGGGGCCGCUGUAGAAUAGCACUCUACAUCUGCCCCUGACCCUCAUCUUGGGGGGUAAGAUGGGGGUGCAGGGGUUAGUGGAGGGCUAAGGAAGAGAUUCCAUGAGUAUGAACCAUAGCAGCCCCAGAGCCAUCCUAGAGCAGCGCCAUCACUGCCCACGGCCCAUGGCCAGCAGCAGUUCCACCACAAGCUGUGUGUUGGGUCAAGGCAGCUCCUAGGUGUUGCUCUGCUUCAUAGCUGCCCCAAAGUGCUCCUGUCGCCCUCCCAUAGGUGUCCUUUAACUGCCCCACCACCCCGUAAGGCUUCCCCACGUCCUAGCACAUCCCCCCACGUGCGUGCAGGGUGUGCAAGAAACGCUCUCAUCCCUGAUUUUCCAUCAGGCACAGCUCUUUGUGCAGCAGCAAAGCUCCUUCCUGAUUGCUGUGGCGUUACUUCACUCUCCUCAGUGAGUUCCUUCUGCUCCCGUUGGGUUGGUUGAGUUGGGUUUGUUGGGAUGAGGUGGGGGCAGGGAUCCCAGAGUUCUGGGGCCACAUGGCAUCGGGUCGCAGCGUGUUGGGGGAAGGAAGGGUCAGGGAGUUACAGGGUCUUGUGGGGGUGUGGUUCACCCAGGGCUGUGGGUCACAUAUAGCCAUGGUGUCAUGCACAUACAGGGUGAUGAGAUCAUCUUGGCUUAAGGCUCAUGUGGGGUUACGGCUCAGGGCCCCACCUUUGGGCUGCAUGGACCCCCAGUCCCCUCUCAGGAAGAAAUGAAACCCCUCCUACACCGCUGCCCCCUUCCUCCUUUUUUUUUUUUUUACCUCAAACUGCUCCCCACAUCCUCCCAUAGCACCCCAUACUCCUGCGUCCCUCUUGCAGCCCACAUCUUGUCUUCUCCUGAACAGCAUUCUGCUCCUGCAGGCUGUGUUGUCAUAUCCAUUCUAUAUCCCCCACAACCUCCCCCACAUAGCUCCUCAAGUACUUUCUCUGACCCGGUACACCUCCCCCUCCUCCAACCUGGGACCUCGCAGAGCCCCACAGUCCCCAGCAUCACCCCACGUCCCCCACAGUUCUUCAAGGAUCCCUCCGAUUUGAGGGAGGCUCAGACCUCCCUUUAUGCCUCAGACCCCUCCUGUGUUCUCCGACUCCCACAGUCCCUGACAGGACCCCCAUCACCAUCCCAGGACCCCCAUAGCCCACUGAUGAGGAACCUCGCAGCAAUCCACAUCUCAGGAUGGGGCUCCAGCUGUGCCCCAAUGCCUUCAUUAAAGACAGGAGAAUGAAUGAGCGUAA